GACUGGGACCAGGACUGGGACCAGGACUGAGAGUGCGGCUGGGAGCAGCGCGGAGCAGCGGGACGGGACUGGCACCGAUACCGGGACACGGGACCGGGCUGGGAGCAGAACCAGCGGCGGACCCCCCAUGGCAGAAAGCGACGACCCCGCCCGCCGGGACCCCGCCCCCGCUGGCCCCGGCACCCAGCCCUGCCGGCCCGUGCCGAGGGUCCACGCCUUUGGGAAGGGGAAGCAGGCGCUGCGGAGGGACACCCGCACCCCCCCCGCCAUGCAGGGCUGGUUGCACAAGCAGGACAGCUCGGGGCUGCGGCUCUGGAAGCGCCGCUGGUUUGUGCUGGUGGAUCUCUGCCUCUACUACUACCGGGCAGCGAGCAGCAAGUGCGGGGCGGCCUCCCCCUGCCCGGCUACGAGAUCCGCAUCCUGCCCGCCGCCCCCCGCGCCCCCCGAGCCCCCCAGUUCCUCUUCACGGCUGAACAUCCCGGGAUGCGGACGUACUGCCUGGGAGCUGAGACCCCCGAGGAGCUGCACGCCUGGGUCUGUGCCCUGCGCCGGGGGGCAUCGCCCCUUCCCGGCUCCCCCCGUUCCCUCUCCCAGCAGACACUCCGGGAACCCCGGGAUGCGGAUCUUCCCACUCUCCCAUUGCCCACCCACUCCCCAGAUGAGGGGCUCGGGGGCCCCCCAGUCCCUCCACUGCCCCACAGCGAGGUUCCCGAAGCGCAGGAGGAGCCCCCGGCCGGAUGUUCCCCCAGGGCCGGGGACACGCCGGGGGGACCGCGGGGAUCCCCCGAGCCCCCGCCUGCAGGGCGGAGCCCGAGGAAGCCCCGCCUCCCUGGCGCUGCGCCGCAGCCCCCGCCGGAGCGAGACAUCGGGACCAAUCAGCCACCGGCCUCUCCAUCCGCCUCUUCUGAUUGGCUGCCGAGCGCCGCCGGACCCGCGGGCACCGCCCCCGAGCCGCCAUCCAAUGAGGCGUCGCGGCGGCGGGCGGGGGAGGGUGGGCGUGGCUGGGCGCGCGAAGGCGCGGCCGGGCGGCCAAUCAGAAUCACGCUGCUGCAAGCCAGCUUCUGAGGGGGCGGGGCCGCGCCGGGGGGGCGGGGCCCGGUGGGCACGCGCCGCGCGCGGCCCCGCCCCGGUGCGGAAGAUGGCGGCGGGAGCGCGCGGCGGGAGCGCGGCGCUGCGGCGGCUGCGGGGCGGGGGCGCGGGCGCGGCCCCGCGGGGCGCGCGGGGGUACUCCAGGGAUGCCGAGGGCAGCUGGUUCCGCUCCCUCUUCGUGCACAAGGUGGAUCCACGCAAGGAUGCACAUUCCAACCUCCUCUCCAAGAAGGAGACCAGCAACCUCUACAAGAUCCAGUUUCACAAUGUGAAGCCGGAAUGCCUGGAAGCCUACAACAAGCUGACAGAGGAGGUGCUGCCCAAGCUCCACUCGGACCCUGACUACCCCUGUGACCUGGUGGGCAACUGGAACACGUGGUACGGCGAGCAGGACCAGGCAGUGCACCUGUGGCGCUUCUCGGGCGGGUACCCGGCGCUCAUGGACUGCAUGAGCAAGCUCAGGCAGAACAAGGAGUACCUGGAUUUCCGCAAGGAGAGGAGCCGGAUGCUGCUGUCCCGCAGGAACCAGCUGCUCCUGGAAUUCAGCUUCUGGAACGAGCCCCAGCCCCGCCAGGGACCAAACAUCUACGAGCUGAGGACCUACAAGCUGAAGCCAGGGACCAUGAUUGAGUGGGGCAACAACUGGGCUCGGGCCAUCAAGUACCGCCAGGAGAACCAGGAGGCAGUCGGGGGGUUCUUCUCCCAGAUCGGGGAGCUCUACGUGGUGCAUCACCUCUGGGCCUACAGGGAUCUGCAGUCCCGGGAGGAGACGAGGAAUGCAGCCUGGAGGAAGAGGGGCUGGGAUGAGAAUGUUUAUUACACUGUCCCGCUGAUCCGGACCAUGGAAUCUCGGAUAAUGAUUCCCCUGAAGAUCUCCCCCCUGCAGUGAUGGGGGGCCGUGCCAGGGGGUCUCCCUGCACCCCCAGGGGCUCCCUGCCUGUGCCCUGGCCCUGCUGGGGAAAGGCUGGAGGGGGGAUUCUGCUCUCCCCGGCUCCCAGCUCUCUCCCCCACCCCAUUUUGGGGGGGCUGAGAGCAGGGAGGGGAAGGUGGGAGCCCCCCAUCCUGUGGUGGGUCCCCAGGAUGGUGCUGCUGGGGUGGCUGAGCAGGCUGUGGAGGUGGGGGGGGCUUAAUUGCUCCUGAUGAGCCCAGCAGGUGCCUUUGCUGCCAAUUAAAUAUUUAAUGUGCUAAAACCUGGGCCCCUCUCAGGGUGGGGAGGGUGCUGGUGUGACCCCCUGAGCUGGUGUCAUCCAAGGGGCUGCCCUGCCCCACGUCGUGGGUGCUUCCUGCACCAAAAGACCCCCACCCAUGGGUGCUAUGAUAUACUGAGGAAGUCCCAAAAAACCCCAGUGUACUCCCAGUGCCACUGGGAACCCCUUCCCAAACCCAUGGAUACCCCCAAGUGCCAUCAGGAACCCCAUCCCAUGCCCCCCUCAAGCUCACAAAUACACCCAGUACCCCUGGGCACCCCAAGCCAAGGCCCAACCCAGCCCAUGGAUACCCCCCAGGGCCAUUGGGGGACCUCAUCCCAAGCCCCUGAAACCCCCCAGUGCUAAAGUAGACACCAUCCCAUGACCCUCCAAGGCUAUGGAUGCUCCCAGUGCCACUGGGGAUCUCUUCCCGUGCCUUUUUGAGCCCACAGAUCCCAGUGCUAUUGGGGACCCCAUCCCAAGGCCUCCCCAAGCCCAUGGACUCCAUCCUGUGCCCUUCCCAAGCCCCUGUGUGCCCCCCACCCCAUUGUGGAUCCCAUU